AUGCCGACACAGUGGCUCCAAGUAGCAAUUCUCUAUAACCAGCUUGGGCUGGAUAGAUGGAAGCCCGUAACAAACAGCUCUGGGUGGACGAUUGACACGUGGCAGAUCGAAUUAGGCCCUUCUCUAGCUCGCCGAAGUGCGCGGAUAUUUAGGGCGUACAAUAACCAUUUCAUGAAAGGUGGUCCAAGUCAGAGGAAUAGUGACAGGAAGCGGCCUAACAACAACUACAAGAGAGGAAAGGAUCAAUCCCAAGAAAAGCCAGGAUUUCCUCAAUGUCCAAAAUGUAACAAAUAUCAUCCUGGUGAAUGUCGGGUUGGGACUAACACUUGUUACAUAUGUGGGAAGCUGGGGCACUUUGCAAGGGAAUGUUCCAGCCGUAACGAACAGUAUAAAGGAGGAGAAGAAAAGAAAACAAAUCCCAUAGUCUUUGCUUUGACUCGGGAAGAAGCGAAAGCAAGUCCAUCCACAAUAAUCUCAGGUCACCUCCUUUUCAAUAACAUCCCUGCAUCAGUAUUAGUUGAUUCUAGAGCUACACACUCAUUCGCAUCAGUGCAUUUUGUUGGUAGAUUGAAUGGAUUACCUGUUAAGAUGGAUACAAUUUUUAGUAUAGCACUGCCCUCUGGGGAAGUGCUAUACUCAACUCAUUGGUAUAAGACUAAACCAAUUACAAUCAAUGAUAGGGAGCUAUAUGUUAACCUGAUCAUUAUCGACAUGAAGGACUAUGACGUCAUUUUAGGAAUGGAUUUCCUAACAACGUAUAACGCUAUAAUCAACUGUAGUAAGAAAGAAGUCAUUUUUGCACCGGUAGGAGAAGACGAAGUUCAUUUUUGGGGGAAAGUGAAAUGA